GUGUGAAGGAUGAUUCGUUCAACGUGCUGGACCUGGCAGAGUACACCAAGAACCGGCCCUGGUGGCGUAAGGUCUUCGGCCCCAGCUCUGGGUCAAGUGCUGAGAAGUACAACGUGGCCACACAGCUGUUGGCCACACAGCUGGUAAUCGGAGGAGUCACGGGAUGGUGUACUGGCUUCAUCUUCCAGAAAGUGGGAAAGCUGGCAGCAACAGCAGUGGGAGGUGGCUUUUUCCUGCUUCAGAUUGCCAACCACACGGGAUACAUCAAAAUAGACUGGAAGCUCGUGGAACGGGAUGUGAAUAAAGCCAAGCAGCAGCUGAAAUUUCACAGCAGCGGUAACAAGAUGGCUCCAGAAGUGAAAAGCAGAGUGGAUGAGGUGAUCAUAUUUCUGAAGAAGAAUGUUAUCCUGACUGGUGGGUUUGCUGGAGGAUUCCUGCUUGGAAUGGCAUCCUAGAAACUACAUUCAACUCUCCCUUCAUGCCCAACCUCCCCUGUCACUCUCUACUGCUGUUCUUUCUCACUUAGAAGUGAAAGGAUGUUGCCAACAGGCUCAAUCCAUUCUG